UUGUGCUGUGCAGGUAUUGAGCUGUAUAGUCCUUGUGGCUUAGCGCUUCUUUUCUGAUUGUAAUAAUAAUGUGCAGCUUGUCUGGUCGCCAGAGAGGUGGGAAGAUGGUGCUACAGAUCCUACGACCACCCCUUUUGAAGCAUCUACAGACAGCGAGCUUAACUUGUGUAGUAUCUAGAAAUUAUUCUGCAAAAGCAACUAUCAAACAAGGAGAACAGGUGACCAUAGCAGGAAGAGAGUAUCUAACAGACCAAAUGACCAAUGUUACCUCACACCUCCUCUCACAUGUUGGAAGAAAUCUCCACUUGCAAAAAUACCAUCCACUGAAUCACAUCUCUCAACGGAUAGUCCAGUAUAUGUAUCAGAAAUAUGUUUCAUCACGUGGAAACCCCCUCUUCUCUGUCCACAACCAAAUUCACCCAGUUGUGACAACUUGGCAAAAUUUUGAUUCUUUGCUUAUUCCCAAAGACCAUGUUAGUAGACAGAAAUCUGACAACUAUUAUGUUAAUAAAGAGAACUUACUGCGAGCUCACACAAGUGCUCACCAGGUAAGUGUUUGGAUAGUAUUUUUUUUCUUCAAAAGUUUUUGUAUAGAGGUAAAUUAUGUAGUAACUGAAAAGUACAAUUAAAAAAAGAAGACAGAU